CUCUUUCUCCGGCAACCCCUCGCUCUCACCUCCGGCAACCCCUCUCCCUAGUCGGCCAUUGAUUCUCAUCGGAAGAAAACAGAAUGCAAACCAGAAUAGGAUUUUCCAAAGAGCAAAAAUAAAUGGCAGCGGAACCCACAAACGCUGAUGCAGCGGCUAUUUCGAUUUACUUGGGAUGAAUUCGUGUCUAGAGAUUGAUAAUCAAAUAAUGACUUUGAUCGAGAAAUUGAAGUAGGUGAAUGGAUCUUUUGGGCGCAUUCAAGUUCACAAAGGAUAGGCAAGGAGUGGCGUUUCCCAAUGAACAAGUCAUGGUUGUCUACCAAUCCUUGUGCAGUGGCCAAGACUUGGAGCCACCAAUGAAAUUGCACGUUGUAAACCCCCACCUCUGCUCAUUCACAUCUUGUUGGUUAGUUACAGAGGAGACCGGAGAUUUUCUCUAGAAACAUGCCCCUUGGACUCGGGCACCAACAACGUGAGACCAUCCCAAAGAAGUUGUAGGAGUCGAUGAUGGCGUAACUCCCACAGACUCCAACCUCUCAAUCUACAACUUCUGCCCCAAACCCUUUUGCAAACCCAGAGCCGCCAUUUCCAUUCCCACCAUGUGAUCCUCCUCUGCCAUUGCCACCACAAAUCUUACCAGCUUCACCCCCAACCCCACUGUCGACAAUAACAAUAAGGGUCGGAGAGAGGACCUUUUGGUUGUGAAGCAGAGGAAGAGAAGUGGUCAGAGGAGAGAGGAGGGGGCUGGUUAAGACUAUGUUGAGAAAUUACACUAGUAGACAUUCAAUUAGUGCCACGUCACUAUGGGAGGGGUUACUGGCUACAACUUCAGUUUUGUAACCUGCUCAGACACACUUAUUUUUCAUUUUUAUUCCGUUCUUUUAUUUUUCAUGGAGGGGCGGCAUUGACGUUUGACGAAGCUCAGUUUUCCACGGGCGGCCGUGCCAUGCUAUAGUCUAUAAUACUAUACAGCCAUGUGAAAAUGGCUGAUCGUAUAUCAUCAAACUUUUUUACCAGCGACGAGCGGCGAGCGGCGGCUGUGAUUAAAUUUUGAUUCCUGUGGGGCUAUUGAGCAGCUAUUUUGCAGUUUGGACCUGUUGGAACGUCGAACUGGAACCGGUAACCUCACGAGCAGCGAACUGUCGGUGCUUUUGCACUGUAUUAUUAUUAUUACACACCAUGGCACCGAUUCAGGACCUUCGCAGACUUGUCGAUGGCGUCUCUCUGAUAGCCAAAGAGAUAGCAAAGCGCUCUCAAACUCUUCAGAGUGCCAAAACUGGAGACCUUGAAACAUUUCUUUCAUCCUCCGUGAAGAAAGUUCUCCUUUCGGCUACAGAUUUGACCAGUCUUACUAGAGGAGAAGUUCGCGAAUUUGAUAAAGCCUGCCCUAAGGAAACCGUUGUUCACUUCACGGGCUCGACCGAGUCCGCGAAUUCAAAAUCGCUUCACAAUGAACGUGCCGCGCUGGUGGAUCAAGAAACAUGCGUUAUGUCCGAUAUUGGAUCAAACAAAAGCACGGAAUUUCGCGAUCUGGAGAUGUACAACCAGAAAAGCCCCGAGAAAACUUUGGAUUCGGCGUCUUCCAAGUCUAGCGGUAUGGGAGAUGCCCGUCCUUUCGGGAAUUCGGAAGCAAACGUUAUAUCACAAGAAUGCGAGUCUGAGGAUUUUCCGGCGAAGAAGGAUGCAGACCAAGGAUUUCAUCAGGUGGCAAUUCCACCUGCGAAGAGGAGGUUGCCACGAGAGAGGAGAGUUCCUUCGACACCCUUUACCAGAGCACUUGGGUUUGCUGGUUUGGGUGCUGGGCUUGCAUGGGGAACACUCAAAGAGUCCACCAAGAGGCUUGUAUUUGGGACAGACAAUUCACAAGACAAACAAUCCGCCCUCUCACCUUUCUUAUCUGAACAAAAUGCAGAGCGUUUGGCUCUUGCACUGUGUAGAAUGCGUGGUGCAGCGCUCAAAUUGGGACAGAUGUUGAGCAUACAAGACGAAUCACUUGUACCUGCUCCAAUAUUGGCUGCUUUGGAUAUUGUUCGUCAAGGUGCAGAUGUAAUGCCCAGGAACCAGCUCAAUCAAGUUUUGGAUAAUGAAUUAGGUCCAGACUGGUCCUCAAAGCUGCAGAGUUUUGAUUAUGAGCCAGUGGCUGCUGCAAGUAUAGGCCAGGUACACCGAGCUGUCACAAAGGAUGGGUUGCAUGUGGCAAUGAAGAUUCAGUACCCUGGUGUUGCAGAUAGCAUUGAAAGCGAUAUUGAGAAUGUGAAGCUACUUCUGGAUUAUACUAAUCUUAUUCCUAAAGGGCUUUAUCUAGAUAGAGCCAUGAAGGUGGCUAAAGAGGAACUAUCACGUGAGUGUGAUUAUAAGUUGGAGGCAAGUAAUCAAAAACGAUUUCGUCAUCUUCUAUCUGUCACUGAAGGAUUCUAUGUUCCACUGGUCAUUGAUGACAUCUCAAGUAGAAGAGUCUUAACAACAGAAUUUGUGUCUGGGGUUCCUAUCGAUAAGGUGGCCCUGUUAUCCCAGGAGACUCGUAAUUAUGUUGGAAAAAAGUUGCUCAAUCUCACUUUGAUGGAGUUGUUUGUUUUUCGUUUUAUGCAGACUGAUCCUAAUUGGAGCAAUUUUCUAUAUGAUGAGAGCACAAGAAUGAUCAAUCUCAUUGACUUUGGGGCUGCUCGAGAUUACCCAAAGAGUUUUGUUAAUGACUACCUAAGAAUGGUGCUUGCAUGUGCAAACUGUGAUAGAGAUGUAGUGAUUGAAAUGUCAAGGAGGCUUGGGUUCCUAAAUGGAAUGGAAUCAGAAAUAAUGCUCGAGGCUCAUGUCCAGGCUGGUUUUAUUGUGGGUUUACCAUUCUCGAAGCCAGGUGGGUAUGAUUUCCGCUCCACAAACAUCACACACAGCAUUUCAAACCUUGGGGCAACAAUGCUAAAGCACAGGCUGACCCCACCGCCAGAUGAGGUCUACAGCCUUCAUCGUAAGCUCUCAGGUGCAUUCUUGGCCUGUAUCAAACUUGGAGCUGUUGUACCAUGUAGAGAACUGUUGCUUGAAGUCUAUGAGCACUAUCAAUUUGGCGAUGAUGAUGGAGAAAUCUUGUCUAGCAGCUCGAUUGGAUAACAUUGUGUCUCAAUGUCUUCAUUAAUUGAUUUGUUAGUAGUAUUGGAAUGCAAUUUUGAAGCAA